UCUUCUUCGUCUACUUAUUCUCCAAGUCUUCUUCUCAUCAAACUCUUUCCGUCUUCUCCUUCCAAAAAAACUCCCUUUUGAUUUUGUGUUCCCGAGUCUCUCUACCUUGAAAAAAAAAUGGAGAACCCAAACGAAACUCUCAAUCUUCCCAAAAUCCAAGACCCUUCUUCCACCGAUGAUGCCUCACGAUCAUCCGUUGACUCGACCCAACCCGAUCCGUCAGCUCCUCUCCUUCCACCUUCCUCUUCCUCCAAGAAUGAAUGCGCGAUUUGCUUGGAUGAGAUUGUGAAGGGAGAUGGGAAGGCGAUCUUCACAGCGGAGUGCUCUCACACUUUUCAUUUUGACUGUAUCACCACCAACGUGAAACACGGAAACAAGAUCUGUCCUCUCUGCAGAACUCAGUGGAAACAAGUCCCUUCGUUUCUUGAUAACACUCGUCCCCCCUCCCGUUUCCACAUCCCUCUCCCUGUCCCGCCUCUUCCCUCCCCCGCUCCUCAAAUAAGUUUUGAAGACGACGAGCCUUUACCCCAGGCCCAGGCCCAAGCCCAGGCCCAAGCCCAGGCCCAUGGUGAUCAGCCUGGGCCUCCUCCUCUGGAGGUGAAACUUCUCCCACAAGUCUCAGCUGUGGCGAAAGAGGUUACGCUUGGUGAUUUUGCUGUUCUUGUUCAUCUCAAGGCGGGUGAUGUGAGCGGCGACGAGGAGAUGCCUUCUCGUGCUCCUUUGGAUCUCGUCGCGGUUCUCGACGUGAGUAGUAGCAUGGACGGGCCCAAGAUGGAGCUUUUGAAAAACGCUGUUGGGUUUGUGAUUCAGAAUCUCGGCGAGACGGAUAGGCUCUCUGUGGUUGCUUUCUCCUCGGACGCUCGUAGGCUGUUCCCUCUUAAGGUGAUGUCUGCGGCGGGGAAACGAGAGGCGGUUCAAGCUGUUAACUCCUUGGUUGCUGACGGCUGCACUAAUAUCGCAGAAGGGCUCAAGAUUGGUGCUAGAGUGAUCGAGGACAGGAGAUGGAGAAGCCCUGUUCCAGUGAUGAUGCUUUUGUCCGAUGGGCAGGACAACUUUACUUUUUCUCAGUUCGGGUUCGGUGUCCGUCAGAGAACGAGUUACGAGGCUUUGCUUCCGAGCUCCACUAGCAGGAUCCCGAUACAUGCCUUUGGGUUCGGUUCUGACCACGACGCUGAGCUGAUGCACGCGAUUUCGCGAGUCUCUAGCGGCACGUUCUCGUUUAUCGAGACGGAGACUGUGAUACGCGACGCGUUUGCUCAGUGCAUUGGAGGGCUUCUCAGCGUUGUGGUUCUUGAGCAAGUUGUUGAGAUCGAGUGCGUUCACGAGGUGGGAGUGAAGAUAUGCUCUGUUAAAGCAGGAAGCUACAGAAACAGCGUCUCGUCUGAUGGAAGAAGCGCCACGAUCAGUGUCGGAGACAUGUACGCAGAGGAAGAGAGGGACUUCCUCGUGGUUCUCGAGAUUCCGAGCUGCGAAGAAUCUGAAUCCAUGUCGCUGCUCAAGGUGCGAUGCGUCUACAAAGAUCCGGUCACGAGAGAGACAGUCCGUGUGGAGUCAGGGGAACUAAUCAUCCAAAGGCCAAACGAGCUAACGGGAGAAGAAGUGGUGUCCAUAGAGGUUGAUAGACAGAGAAACAGGUUCUCACAAGCUAUUUCAGAAGCUAAGGCUUUAGCCGAUGGAGGCGACGUGAGAGCAGCAGGUGAGCUUCUGAGGAAGAGCGAGAGGGACUUGGCGGAGACACUGUCUGCUCGGUCCGGCGAUGGGCUUUGCGAGUCUUUAACCUUUGAGCUGAGAGCGUUGCAAGAGAAGAUGACGAGCAUGAGUAUGUACCAAACGUCAGGUCGAGCAUACGCAUUGUCUAGCAUGAGCUCUCAUUCGGCUCAGAGAGCAACGGCUCUUUACUCUCCAACAGUCUCGGGCUUCUCGCCAACGUACUCGCCAGGAACAGCAGGAUAUAGCAUGCCGUUGCCACAGGCUUAUCAAACGUCAGCAAUGGCUCGUAUGGUGACUCGGUCUCAGCAACUGGGGAUCCAAAGCCCAACAACGUCCCCUGCCCCUGGAGACCAAACCUGAAUUUGACAGAAGGAGUUAUUAAAAUAAUAAUGGAUUUUGGGUUUUGAUUACUGAUGAUUGAGUUGGUUCAGUCACCUUUAAGCAGCAAAAUAAUAAUUGAUUACUGAUGAUUGAGUUGAUUAUUAAAGUGUUUGAUUUGUGUUUCCUUUAAGCAGCAAAAUAAUAAUAGUGUAUUGUCUUUGGUUUGAA